AUGCGAAGUGACGAGUUCGCCGUCGCGGUAAAAAUCGACCAGAAAUUGUCAAGGAUGGAGAGUUUCAACUUAGCCGCCGCCGCUGCCGUUCGAUCGGCCGUUGACAAUGAGGCAGGAGCCGAUCCGCUGAAAUGCGAAGUGACGAAUUCGUCGUAAGUCGUAACGGUAAAGACUGCUAAGGAUAAACGUUUGCCAACCGAAAAGCGAAGCGACGAAUUGGUUGUUAGUUGUUACGGUAAGAAAAGAAUCGAUUGAAAUGGUAAGAAUACCACGUUGUUCAGCUUCUUGAAUUUUGCUUAUAUAGAAUCCGCUUUGGUCAACCAUCCAACUUAAACCGUCGUCGGUCGCCCACCGAAAAGGAGCCGAGCUUUGGUUCCGAAACAAAUAUCGGCUGCAAACAGAUGAAAUGGCAGCCGCCGCUGCCGCUGCUGCCGCCGCCGCCGCCGCCACUGUUGUCGUCGUAA